UCCAGCGCGCGCGAGAGGCGGCGAAAUCUCGACCCCUCCUCCCUCCGUCCCUCGUUUCUCCCCGGUGGUUGCUGAGAAGAUAAAUCCACGAGCAAUUCAUCCAUCCUACACAUGAUUGUCAUUCGAGCAAUUCCAGGAACAGAGAUGCAUUUACAUGAGGCUUGACCAAUGAUGUAGCACCAUUCUACCGUGCUAACAUUUUGGGGGAGGACGAAUGGCAGACACACUAUAUCUUGUUCUCAGAAAAGUAGCUCUGUUCCUCGGAGAAGCAGCGUUGGAGGAGCUGGGCACAGAGCUAGUGGAGGUAGCAUCGGUUCGGACAGAUUUCGAGUAUCGCAUGAAACGGACCGAGAGCGAGUUAGUGAUUCUGCAGGCAUUUAUCGGUCAGGUUAACACACAUAAUGUUGGUGACAAGACAUUUGAGGCCUGGCUGGGCCAAGUUACAAAUGUUGCCCAUCAGGUAGAAGACAUAAUUGACGAAUAUAGUUUCCUCACUUCUCAAGCUGCGGUCAUAAACAACUUCUUCAAGAGGAAAUUCCAUCAGGCCAAGAGCUUUGCAGCAUGGCAGAGCCUAUCAAACCAGAUUGAUGAAGUACAAACUCGAAUUCAGCGAAUAUCCACAAUGAAGAAUCGUUAUGCUAUAUCCAUAGGAGAACCAGGCAAGAGUAGCACACUGCAGAAUGCCAGACAACUCUCUCUAUCAGAUUCUGCUUAUCUAUCUGAUGAUGCUGAGUUAGUGGGCAAUGCCAGCGAAAUUGAAAGAUUGAAACAAUGGCUACUCUCAGAGCAACAAGACCGAUCAAUCAUGUCAAUUCUUGGUAUGGGAGGUCUAGGCAAAACCACCAUAGCAAGCCGUUUCUACAAAAACCAACAAAUUAGUAGAGUGUUUGACUGUUAUGCGUGGGUGACUCUAUCUAAGAAUUAUCAAGUUGAGGGCCUGAUGAGGCAAAUCAUGAAGCAGCUGAUAGACCAAAGGUCCCACAUGGCUAGUGGUAUCGAGGCAAUGAAUCAUGUAGGACUAAUUGAGGAAGUUCAGAGCUACCUACGGGACAAGAAAUAUUUGAUUGUCCUGGAUGAUGUAUGGGAUACAAAUGACUGGUUAUUUUUUAAUUCUGCACUUGUAAGAAACAAUCGUGGAAGUAGAGUUCUACUGACAACCCGCAAAAAAGAUGUUGCUUCCGUAGCAAAUGAUGGAUUUGUUGUGGAGCUUAAAAUUCUCCCUUAUACUGAAGCAUGGCACCUAUUCUGUCAAAAGGCAUUCCGUAGAUUAGAUGACAAAAUAUGUCCAGUAAAUCUGAGGCCUUGGGCAGAGAAAAUUGUGAAAAAGUGCCAAGGACUUCCACUGGCUCUCGUCGCAAUUGGGAGCCUGUUAUCGUGCCGAGAAUUAGAGGAGCAAGAGUGGAGCUCUCUCCACAACCAACUUAGCUGGCAAUUAGCUAACAGUCCAGAGCUUAGUUGGAUUAUGAGUAUUCUGAAUCUUAGCUUGAAUGAUCUCCCAGGGUAUUUAAAGAAUUGCUUUCUAUACUGCAGCCUUUUCCCUGAAGACUACAAGAUCAGGAGAAGAUGGAUCUGCAGGCUUUGGGUCACAGAAGGUCUUGUUGAGGAAAGAGGUGCUGGGACAACAAUGGAGGAAGUUGCUGAGUGUUACCUAAACGAGCUCACACGGCGUUCUCUUCUCGAAGUUGCAGAAAGGAAUGUUCAUGGAAGAGCUAGAGAAUUUCAGAUGCAUGACCUUGUGCGCGAUGCAUGUCUGACUGUUGCAAACAGAGAGAAGUUUGCUGUUGUAUAUGGCGCAUCUGGUAUAAACCAGGUUACCUCUGAAGCUCGCCGACUGUUUGUUCAGAAGGAUGCUCGGUCGUUAAAAGUUGCUGCAGCAUCACAAAUCCGUUCUUUUAUUUUGUUUGACACACAAGUACCAUCAUCUUGGAUACAUGAAAUUUCAUCAAAUUUUAGACUUAUCCGGGUCCUCUGUCUAAGGUUUGCUAACAUUCACCAAGUGCCAGGUGUUGUCUCAGACUUACUUAAUUUGCACUAUUUGGAUUUAGCUCACACAAAGGUUAAUCAUAUACCAGCAUCGUUUGGGAAACUUAGGAACCUACAAGUUUUGGACCUCAGGUUCAGCUACGUGGAGCAGCUGCCAUGGGAAAUAACACUCCUGACUAAACUGAGGCAUCUGUAUGUAUACAUGCUGCAUGAUGUUGGAGAAAGGAUAUUUGACUGUUUUUCUGCUGCAAAAUUGCUUGGAAAUAUUUGUUGUCUGAAGAAUCUGCAAACCUUACAAUGUGUCUCAGCCAAUAAAGACAUGAUUACACAGCUCGGGAACUUGACACUGAUGAGAAGUUUGGCUAUAAUGAAAAUGCGUCAAAACUACAUUGUGGAAUUAUGGGGCUCCUUGGCCAAGAUGCCUAGCCUCGGUAGGUUGGUAAUUUUUGCUAACAGCAAGGAUGAGGUUCUUAACCUGGUAAUGCUGAAGUCCUUACCGAAUCUGAAGUUUUUCUGGUUGCGAGGGAGGUUGUAUGACGGAGUGCUCCCACAAAUGUUCGCAAGUUUUGAGAAGCUCGCUACUUUGAAACUUGACUUCUGUUUUCUAAAGAAAGAUCCCAUUAGCUCCUUUGCACACAUGCUGAAUCUAGUUGAUCUCAAACUUUACAAGACUUAUGAUGGGGAACAAUUAAAAUUUCGUGCAGGAUGGUUUCCCAAGCUCAGUUCUCUUGAAUUAGGUGGCAUGGAACAUCUGAAUUUGAUUGAGAUAGAGGAAUGCACAAUGAAGGUUUUACAUACUUUGGAGAUGGUUGGCCUAAUGGAUCUAAAUGCAGUGCCUCGAGGCAUUAAGCACAUUAAGACACUACAGAAAAUGCUUCUAACAGAUAUGCCAAAGGAGUUCAUUGAUAGGCUACAAGGAGCUGAUAGUCAUAUAGUUCAGCAUAUACCUAACAUCCAGAGUUUCGAAUCCUCCAAUUCUGAAGCAGUUAACAAGUUGGUUCUUCUUCCACAUCUUGCAAAGAAGUAUGGCACAGGCUGGUGGGAGCUUUCUUAAGAUAUCUUGUACAUUAGUUAGGAUCCUACCCGCCUCCAUUUGUACAUAAAGUUGGAGUGCAAGUUGUGUUGUACAUAACUCCCUGUAAUAUAAUGAUUAAUCUAUGGAAAGUGUUGGGCGUCCCGGGGAUCAAAAUUUUGAUCCCGGGUCCUGAGCGCGACACGUGUCCUCUUUGAGCUAUCAAA